AUGGUUGUCAUUAAUGCAUCAGACCCAGAUCCUCUGCAGGAUUUCUGUGUGGCCGAUACUAUUCAAGGUAAUGUGAAUGUUAACGGUUUUGUGUGCAAAGACCCAAAGGCGGUGAAAGCAUCAGAUUUCUUGUUUAGGGGAUUAUCUAAUCCACUCUCAACCAACAACAAUUUAGGGUUCAAUAUCACCGCAAGUAAUGUGGCAAAUUUCCCCCGACACGAUAAUGUGUUCUCACAAAAGCUGGAGAAGGGAGAUGUGUUUGUGAUUCCAAGGGGCUUAGUGCAUUUUCAGCAAAAUUGCAAGGCAUCAUAUGCUAGUACAAUUACUACUUUUAAUAGCCAGUUUCCUGGUGUUGAAGUGGUUGCAUCUUCCGUCUUCAGAGAGAAUCCUCCCAUUCCUCAAGAUGUGUUGGCCAAGGCAUUUAAGGUCAAUAAAAAACAGAUCAAGGAGUUGAUUUCUGGACAAGGCUCUGCACCUGCACCUGCACCUGUAGGGUAUUAA